AUGUUUAACGUACCCAUAGCCAUCUGGAUAAAUGAUUAUAUGUAUAUGCAAGUGAACAGUGAUCACGAUGGUCGUUUCAGUGGAUCCUUUCAAAUAGGGAGUAAUUUAUUUGGAGGUCAAUUACAUAUUGCGGCAGCUCAUCCGAUCGUUACUUCAUCACCGCAAUCUCAAGAUGUAAUUUUCAUUGAAUAUCUUAAGCUUUCAUUAUCCAAAUGGAGCUAUCAAUUCUAUGCAGCAUAUGUAACAAACUUCACUGAUUUUGCUACCAUUCAAAAUCAAGGUGAUUUCGACUUGAUUAAUAUUACGGUUGAUAUAAUACAAGAUACAAUAUGCGUUGAAAAUUAUUCUGCUUGGCCCACAAUAAUUCCUGUUCUACCAGCAUUCUCAAAUAUGACAAUUUCAUUAUCAAUGCUACUCAAUUGCACACUAUCAGCUCAAUAUAUGAACUUUUCUAUAAGUGAAUCCCGAAUACCGUUAUUAACAUCAGCGGGAUUUAUCAUUGACAGCCAAUGGAGCUGUCGUACUCAAAAUGGAUGUAGCAAUCAUGGAUCAUGUAUUAAUAAUGAAACAUGUUUUUGCGCAGAUUCAUAUUCAGGAUAUUCGUGUGAACAAUGUAUUCCUGAUCGAUAUGCGUAUCCGAGUUGUAUCAUAUGUCCAACUUGUGUACGAGGACAAACGAUAUGCAAUAGUUCAGUUGCUAUUUGUGAUUGUAUAGACAAUACUCGCAUUUAUGGUACAUUAUGCCAAUAUUGUAGAGAAGGCUAUUAUGGUGACAACUGUACCAAUAUGCCAGUCCUUUCCUCAUUGUUUCCAAGAUCUAGUUCCGAAUUGACAAAUGAAACACUUGUGACACUGGUCGGUGAUAACUUUAAUAAUGUAUCAUUAUUUUGUCUUAUUAUUGACCAAAAUGAUACAAUAUCAAUCCCAGCCGUUUACAUUAAUACUGGAAAGAUAACAUGCCAGUUCCCAUCUCAUCGGGCUGAACUGAUUGAAGUACAACUUAUUAUGAAUGAAUCCAUUGUUUUUUCGGAAUCGAAACUUGUUUUUCAAUACUUGUCCAGUUGCCCCGAUACAGGCUGCAAUCAAGGACUUUGUAUUUCAAAUACUUGCCAAUGCUGGUAUCCACAUUUUGGCUCAGAUUGUUCUCUAUAUCCUAUUCCACCAGUUUUGACUACAAUACACAAUAUGACAGCAAUCGAAAUGUCUUCGUUUACUUUCAAUCUUUCUCAAUAUCUAACUCAGGGCGAAUUUCCACUUGAAUGGAGUCUUAGUGGUACUAUACCUUCAGGACUCUCUAUUACUCCAUAUUCUGGAUUAUUGUCAUGGUCAUCCGCAGUUGCUUUAUCUACAAUUCCCGUAGCAGUUUUACCACUUUUUGAUGCAUCAUCAUCGAACUGUAAUUCGACUGUCGCCUCUUAUCUUACAUCUGGUAUUGGCGGUGGUGCUGAAAGUGGUGGAACUGCAAGUUGGGGCAGCUCAGUGCCAGCUGGGGGAGGCGGCACAGGAAGUUUCGGAUUUGGAUCCUCCGGUGACUUUUCUGAGAUGCUCCAGAUUCUUGGAACAACGAUAGAUCCAGUAAUUGCUCCAUUGUUGCCUGUUCCAACAUGCGAGAGUUGUGUAGGAACUUUAGCUAGUGCAGCCGCUGAUCUCUUGAUUCAGCGGCUUCCUAUUGGUUGGCGAGUGGUUCUGAAUGUAAUUGAUAAGUGCGUAGCUAAUACAGUUACAGAAACCAAUACAACAGCACAAAUACCUGAUACCAGCUCAACAGAGACAUCAACCAUUACAAUAACUACUAAUUCACUACUUCAAUCAACGUCAACUACAGCUAUUAAUGCAUCAUCCCAGUCGACAAUCAAGCCAAUUACCGACACAUCGUUCCAAUUUAACACAACAUCAACUACAGAUUCUUCUUCUGAAUCAUCAACUACAGCAAUUGCUCAUGAAUCAUCCCAGCUGACGACAACAACAACUACCGAUGUGUCAUCUGAAUCGACAACCACAAUAUCUACUGAUAAAUCAUCUCAACCCAUGACAACAACAACUGCCGAUUUGUCAUCUGAAUUGACGAUAACACCAACUAUUGAUACAUCAUUCCAAUCCACCACAACAACAAAUAUCGAUUUAUCAUCUGCAUCAAGGAUCAGAACAACUACUGAUGAAUCAUCUCAACCGAUGACAACAACAACUAUCCAUUUGUCAUCUGAAUCGACGACCACAAUAUCUACUGAUGAAUCAUCUCAACCUAUGACAACAACAACUCCAGAUUUGUCAUCUCCAUUGACGAUAACACCAACUAUUGAUACAUCAUUCCAAUCCACCGCAACAGCAAAUAUCGAUUUGUCAUCUGCAUCGAGGACCACAAUAACUACUGAUGAGUCAUCUCAACCAACCCCAACACCAACUAUCGAAGCAUCGUCACAGCCAAUAACUACGUCAAUUACCGAAAUGGCAUUGACAAGUGCAAUAACGGUUCAUUAUCUGGCGCAGAAACGUUAUAAUAAUAAAUAUGAGAUAACAGAGGACGAUGCAUUAGUUUUAGCUGACCGUACAGCUCGUCAGUAUCAGUUAUUUCUCGGUCUCGAUACUUUACCGCGUUUGCUUUUGCAAAAUCUUGGUAAUCGUCGAUCAUUGGUGGAUGACCGAAGUCGUAGUCCUAAUCAGCCAUCUGAAUUUCAUCUGCCGGAUUCGUAUCGAUUUACCGGAAAAAUAAUCAUAAGUCUUCAUGAUAAAUGUGUUCGAAUUGAAAUUAUACAAAGAAAUAACCAACGUCAUGUGAUUGAAGAUUCGCUACGACGAACAGAAGAAAAUCUUCAACAGUUACUUGAACGUAUCACAUCGUAUGGAACUGAUCGUGAUGUGCAAUUGUUGCAAUUGAUUGACUUGAAUUUACUUUCAUCAAAAGGCGCGUACGAUGAAAAGAAAAUCUUCGAAACGUUGAAAGAAAGAUAUGAUGAAUGCAUGGAGUACAAGCGUUCGAUGAUUGUCUAUGAUCUUGAUUCAUUAGUUGGAGUAAAUCAAUCGGAAUCCGAAUCAUCCAUGGGAACAUCAACUAGUACUUCGAUUGUGAGUCAAAGUAUUUAUAUUUACGUAACAAGUCGUUUCCGUGAAGCUAACAUCGAAGAAAGUGAAGCGGAUAAAAGACACAGAAAUGAACGAUGA